CGAUGUUACAUCAAGGCGCGACACACUUCAAACGAAGAAUCGGAAUCCAGUUAAUUCCCCCCUUCUCUCCAAGCCCUGAUUCAGCAUGCAAAUGCUUGUCCUCCUCUCAGAUUCUUCUGGUUCAAUUUGCGACUGUUAUGAAGGACUGGUGGAAGUUAAAUGAGUGCGGGACGAAGAGGAGGGCGGAUAUACGUGCCUGUACGGCGACCCGGACAAGGGAAUCUCAGGCGGGUUCUAUCCUGGUGAUUCACCCCAUGACCGAUGUAUGUCAUGCAAGGGGAUGAUCUGGAGGGGAGAGCCUUGUCAGAUCAAACAGAUCAUCCUCUGAGUGUGCAGACUCAAUGGUGGUCGUUCUAGUCGCGGUCGCGCCUAGAGCUGCCGUGGAUCCUUCGCAAGGGUUGGCGUCGCCG